CUCCAAAUACCUCUCAUCUCUAAACAAAAAAAAUGGCAAUUCAGCUCUCCCUUCUUCUUCUCCUCCUCUUAGCACUCCUCCAAUUCCCAACCCAUAUUUUCACCUACCCUGUUUCAGACCCUGAUUCAGUUGCAGAAGAAGUAAAUUGGAGCAUAAGAAACGCAACGGCGGAUGCGAUGGCGGAUUCAGGAUUCCGCUCGUGCAAAACGGGGAACCCAAUCGACGACUGCUGGAAAUGCGACCCCUAUUGGUACAAGAAUCGGAAGCACCUGGCCGACUGCGCGAUCGGGUUCGGGAAGCAGGCGACUGGGGGCAAAUACGGCAGGUUCUACGUCGUGACCGACCCGAGCGACGACCCGUUCCACCCGAGACCGGGAACCCUGCGCCACGCCGCGAUCCAGAAGAGGCCGCUCUGGAUCGCGUUCGCGCGCGACAUGGUGAUCACGCUCAAGCGGGAGCUGCUGGUGAGCUCGCACAAGACGAUCGACGGCAGGGGCAGCAACGUGCACAUAGCCGGUGGGCCCUGCAUCACGAUUCGCUACGUGACGAAUGUCAUCAUCCACGGGCUCCACAUCCACCACUGCAAGAGCGCGAGGAGCAUGUACUCGUCGUCGUCGGGUGAUGAUGAUCCUUCCGAUUUCGAUAAUGAUGCGUUGGUCGGGGAGGUGUCGGACGGGGAUGGAAUCUCCAUCUUCGGCUCGAGGCUCGUGUGGGUCGACCACUGCUCGCUGUCCAGCUGCUUCGACGGGUUGAUCGACGUGACCUACGGUUCGACCGCGGUCACGCUCUCGAACAACUACAUGACGCACCAUAACGAGGUGAUGUUGUUGGGCCACAACGACGGGUUCACUCGGGAUAGAGCCAUGCAGGUCACCGUUGCGUUUAAUCAUUUCGGCGAAGGACUGAUCCAAAGGAUGCCAAGGUGUAGGCAUGGGUACUUUCAUGUGGUGAACAACGACUACACGCAUUGGCUGAAGUAUGCAAUUGGAGGGAGCGCUGCUCCAACGAUCAAUAGUCAAGGGAACCGGUUUUUGGCCUCGAACAACAGGUUCACUAAAGAGGUGACGAGGCGUGCCAAUGCGCCGCAGAGUGAGUGGAGGAAAUGGAACUGGAGAUCGCAAGGAGACAUGUUUCUAAACGGCGCCUUCUUCAGAAGUUCAGGCAGCGGAGCGACUUCCAGCUAUGCCAAGGCGACGAGCUUGCCAGCUAAGCCCUCUAAUAUGGUCGCCUCCAUGACCGCCAGUGCUGGCGCCCUGCUCUGCAGGAGAGGUUUAGCAUGUUGAUUAAUUAAUUAAUGGGAAACAACAUGAUGGUCGUUUUGGAAGAAUGUCCCAGUAAGAGAAGGUGUUGGGUAUUAGUCAUUAGAACUACUAACUCGAUUGGAUUUGGUGACGAUGAGUUUGCGAUGGAAAUACACCGGGGGAGAAAUGAAAAUAGGAAAAUAAAGUAGCCUGUCCUUCUCCACUGAUAUUUGUCUAGAGGAGGGGGCAUGAGCUUCGUUUUUAGGGUACCUAGCUAGAAGAGCUUUUAUUUUUACGGGUUGUUUGUGCACCGGAACAAAUCAUGCAUGAAUAAGAUUUUGUACAUCCUUUAAGUAAUAUCAAUGCCAAGCUAAGCAAUCAGAAUUUUUUUAUGACC